ACUCCUGCACCGCCUGAAAUCGAGCCCCCUGAGCCCAUCUCAGAUACAGACAGUGAGAGUUCCUAUCAGCUGAUAAAACCAGAGGAAGUCCAUGAUGAGAUGGACGAAGAAGCCAAGAAGUAUAUGAUGGAGAAGAUAGAGCAAGCCAACCGGCAGCUUGAGGAUGAAGACCCAGUCAAUGAAAACCAGGAGCGCAGACUGAAAUUUAAAGACAGACUGGUUGAUUUUGUGGCACCACCGCUGGCUUAUUCUGAAGGUGAAAAUGAGAAUGAUGGGGAGGUCACAGGGCAAAUGUCUGAUCUGCAAAUCUCUCUGCAGAAGGGUCAAACCUUUCCUGAAAACAUGGGCAGAGAUCAUUCAAAGGAAGGUAAAGUGCUGUUAGAGAAAGAUGGGAAGUUUGAACUGGUUAGCAUAAAUGACCUUGAAAGCCAGAGUCUGCUGCCUCCAAUACCUUGCACUGCCAGUGAGGCUGAGCAGAAACAGAGUUCUCCCAGGGCUUCAGGUCGCCACAGCGAAUCCUGUCCUGUGCACGACCUCUCCUCCAGACUCGGCUCUGCUUCACCAUUCUCUUCUUCUGCUGGAGAGUUUGUUCACGUGCCCAGGCCCCCCUCUGAUCCUAAGGGCCGCUCCAGUUCAGCAGGUCACGUACAGAGAAACACUGGCAAAAGGAUAACGAAGGCUUGGAGGGUCCAGUCUGCAAACAUUUCCACCGGACACACUACCUAUGCCCUGACUCCCGAACAAAAAGAGGUGCGGCUUAAACAUGAACAGAAAAGGGAAAGGCUUAGAAGAGAGUGCUCUGGUAUCUUCUCACAGCAGGAAUCCCCAGAUGACGAAGAGGCUUUCAAACAGUGGUUGAAGCGGAAACAUGAACAACAGUUCAGAAAUAGACAGAUUGAAGAAAUGAGAAGACAGGAAGAAGAAAGUAGCUAUAACAUUCAUGAAAGAGAGGAAUGUGAAAAAGCCUUUAAAUUGUGGCUGAGAAGGAAAAAGGCAGAAAAACAUGCAGAAAAGCAGGCAGCAAAGGAACGCUCCAGGAGGCUGGUGAUAGAGGCUAGGAGAGCCAGACGGAUGAAAGAUUUACUCCGCACUAUCAGUGAGGCCAAAGCGUUCACGUUUGUAGACAACUACGGCUACCGGUUUUGAGGUUGUCCUUCAAUAGUCAAGCCACAGCUACAAUACCUCAUAAAGGUGUGCUAGAGGCAGAGGAAAUUCAAUAAAGAAAAUUGAGCCUCCUUAUGACCUGCUUUAUUUCCAUGCUCGUUAGUAAGAUUUAUUCAAAUUGUCCAGGUGGGUGAUAUACAUGUGUUUUCAGUAAAGAAGAGUUUCAUGUUUUUUCUGUUGUAGUCUAAUUGAAUAGUAAGUUUAAUUGAAUAGCACCAUAGGUAAGUAAUGCAGGUCAUAAAGUAGUUCUUUUUUCUUUUUACAUUUUAGCAAGUUGCUGUUAUCCUUUCCUUCAUGGUUGGUGUUUCAGCGUUUAAGUACAGUUAAUAUUGGACAUUGUAUAUUGCACAACUAACAGAUUUACUAAGCUGAUGUUUUUUGCCUGCAGUGAUCAAAUGAAACUAAAUGAUGUAUUUUUUGUAAUGUUUAAUAUUAUUGCAUCUACCAAGUUUUGUGAUCAAGUCUUCCAGGUAUGAAAAAAGUUCAAACUAUGAUUGAUGAAACCUGUGUAGUUUACUGUUCAAGGCAUUUUGAAACUUUGUAAUCAGGGUUCUCAUGAAGUAUGCCUCUUUGAAAUAUAACAAGUUUCUACUAAACAAGAAAUUAUUUAAAUUCACUAGUACACUGGCAUUAUGUAUCAAGCCCUCUUGCUAGGUGUAAACGUGCACAAAUAUGUGCAUGUUUUUACAUAACAAAAUCUUGUUUGCUUAAAGUGUACAUACAUAGGAAUGUGUUUCCUGUUUGUGUUAAUUUUAAAUAUAAUUUUUAAAAUAAGGAUCACUGCCUUUGAGUCUAACUGAUCAAACCUACCAGUAAAAUUUUAUGGUUUUGCCUUUUGCUGGUACUGCUGUAUUUUCAAUAUUUUAAGUGUUCAGAUUAUAUUUUUAUUAAACAAA